GCGCGGCGGGCGGCCUCCAGGUCUCCUCCCCGCCCCCGCGGGCCGCCCCCGCGCCGCCGGCCGCUUCCCCGAAGUCUCCCAGAGCCGCCGGGGGGAGGGAAGGGGGCGGGACUGGAUAGAGGAUGGGCCACCUGCGCGCUGUCCCCGAAUCUCCGACGGGGCUCUGGGCCGGUGGGAGGCUGCGGCGGGCUCGGGAGGCAGAGCUCGGUUCAACUCGCUCGGCUGCACAGAACACCGCGGGGCCCGCGCGGGUGACGUUCAAGGCCGGCCGCGUCCCCAGGGACUCAAAUCGUCUACACCGCGUGCUGGAGCAUCUACUGAGGGGAGCUGGGACCAGGGCAGAAGAAACCACCGCCUCCGGCCUGGAGAGCGCUUGUGCUGCAGGGCAGAAGGGUGUACCUACACCUUCAGCGUGGCAGGUGGGUCUGGUGACGCGCCCGACACUCGUGCUGUAUGGCCCUGCCCAGCCCCGUGGCCUGUGCCUGUCCUGUAGCCUCCACACGGGGCUCAAGUGGAGGCGGGGGAGCGGGGCGCCCACCCGCGCCGUGGGAAAGCAGCCCCGAUGUGGACGUGCCCUAGUGGCCAGGUCUUCAUCUGCGGAAGAGGUAUUUUUCCGCCAACCCGGAAAGCACACGGAGAGGCAGAGCUUGGGCUGGAGGCGGGGCCGGCAUGGAGGGCUGGCGGGGUCGAGGAGGCGGCUCCCUGCUCCCCUCUGCCCUCCGGCUCGGCUCCUGCCGCUGUGGGCCCGCCCCUCCCGGUGCCGCCCCCACCGCGGGUGAUCAGGGGGCCCCCAGGGAGGCUCUUCCCGGCCCGCAGGGGCUCGGGGUCCAGCGACACGCCCCGCGGGCCCUGGGCAGGCUGCUGGAGGGCCGCGUCGGAGCUGGAGUCAGGCGCGCUGGGACAGAGACCCACUUCCCGAUGGCCAGACCCAGGCACCGCACACCCGUCCUGCGGACCCGCCUCGUGGGCGGCUGCCGUCCCCAGGUGGGGGGGUCGUCUGGGGCCCCGGCCGGAGGCAGUCGGCCCGGCUUGCUGCGCCCUUUCGCGAGGGGGUGCCCCGGAGAGCCGGCUGUGGGAGCUCCGAGCCUGCUUCCAAGAAAUCAGCUGCAUUUCGUCGCAGCGCCGGCUCGUGGGCCCCGGAGCCCCGGCCCCCCUCUGUGCCCUGCACCCCCCGCCCCUCCCCGCCCUCCGUCCUUUCGUCGCUGCCUCGCGCUCCUAGCAUCUGGGUCUGCGAGGUCGCCGCUCCUGCGGCCGCCGCUUGUAGCUGGCUGUGAUGAAAAGCGUCCGCUUUACGCUCGCUGGGCCCAGCAGCACUACAAGACACACAGAUCCCUUUGUUGCAAAUAAUUAAUUUGACUCCAUAUUGCAUAAUAUCCUAAAAAGCUUUCUGGGGUGAACUCCUGCCGGCCAGACACUGUGAUCUCAUCAGUAUUGCAUUGCACUGGGCCCUACCGUGAUGCAGUUUCAUUAAAAAUUUAA